AUGUCUAUUCCAUCCACCCAAAAGGCCCUACAGCUCGAAAAGCCGGCAGGCGAUCCAAAGAGGGGCCAACGCAAUGUCGCGGCGGUCCGAUAUGUGCCAGUCCCCAAGCCGCAAACCGGAAUGGUCCUCGUCAAGGCCAUGCUCGGUGCCUACCCGGGGCUAUUGUACAAGAACAGCACCUUUGCCUGCAACGGUGCCGGCGUCAUUGUGCAAGGCGGACUGCCAGAUUCGGCCAAGGGGCACCCAGAUGGAAUUGUUAUUCUGGUACCUACUCGCGGCUGGGAGUCUGAUCCAGAGGGGCCUGAAGCCGAACUGCCCAACGCCAAGAACAAGCAGAACAAGCUCGAGAGUGACCAUCUCGUUGCCGCACCAAAGCACCUUGACGUCGUCCACAGCGCAGCUCUGCCAUACGGUGGUAUCACUGCUUUCCGCGCGCUCUUCACGAAAGGCCAGCUCAAGGCAGGACAGAUUCUACUCCUGACGGGCGUUGGUGGCGGCGUUGCGCAGCUAGCACUCCAGUUCGCGGUCGCGGCCGACGCGAAUGUCUACGUUACCGGCGGCUCGCAAGCCAAGGUCGAUCGUGCUGUCAAGAACCUCGGAGCAAAGCGCGGAGCGGUCUCCAAGGACAAGGAUUGUCCCAAGCAAAUUUCCAAACAGUUACCAUCCGGUAAACUGUAUAUUGAUAUCGUGGUCGACAGUGCCGGUGGGGCCAUCUCGGGCCAAGCUAUGCAGGCUGGGCUCAAAGUAGGCGGCAAGUUGGUCUGCUUUAGCAUGACCGCUGACCCUAAGAACCCGUUCACCAUGCGAGAAGUGCUCAAGAAUGUCGAUGUCCUCGGCUCGACAAUGGGGUCCAAGGAAGAGUUCAGGGAAUGCAUCCGCUUCGUGGAAAAACACAAGCUUGUGCCGACAAUUGACACUAUUCUCGAGGGCUUGGAGAAUGCACACAAAGGCUUCCCGCUCUUGCAGGAUGCAGACAAGCGCAGCGGCGGCAAAGUCAUCAUCAGGGUCGCUCCCGCCGACAAGCGCACAUCCAAGCUGUAG